AUCACAAAAUAUCGCGAAGUUCUACUGCGGAAGAAAGAUGCGAAGGAGAUGGCUGAAUUUAGAUAGCCCUGUGUUUGGGAUUAUCUCCAUCAUGGACGUUCUCCGGAGGAAAGAGGGGAGUAGGGCACGGCUGCUUGUCCUCACAGUAGUAUUUGGGUGGUGUUUAAGUUCUGUGGGCUGUUUUGCACAGAGCAAAGACAGCGAGUUCACCUUUUUGCUGCCAGCCGGAUCUUCCGAGUGCUUCUUUCAGACAGCAGUCAAAAAUGGUACGAUGGAGGUGGAGUAUCAGGUGAUAGCAGGUGCUGAUAUGGAUGUAGACUUCACCAUCCUCUCACCAGAGGGCAUCUGGCUGAUCUACGAGUCUCGACGCUCUGAUGGACUCCAUGUGGUGGAGUCUACAGUGGAGGGAGACUAUCAGAUCUGCUUUGACAACAGCUUCAGCCGCUUCUCAGAGAAGGUGGUGUUCUUUGAGAUCAUCAUUGAGGGUCAAGGAGGAGAUGUGGGUGGAGAUGAUGAGUGGGCGGGUUUAGGCGAGCCUGAUGGAAGCCUGCUGGAGUACAAGCUGGAGGACAUCAAGGAGUCCAUGGACUCACUGUACAGACGCUUGGAGCGCAGCCGGCAGAUGCAGACGGUGUUGCGGGCCUUUGAAGCACGGGACCGAAACCUCCUGGAAGAUAACCUUUGGAGGGUCUCAUUCUGGUCUUGUGCUAGCAUGCUGGUGAUGCUAUGUGUGGCCCUCACCCAGGUCUACACUGUCCGUAAACUGUUUGAUGAUAAGCGGAGGGUCUGCACAUAGAACAUCGUGCUGCAUUUCCAGACAAGCUGUGAAGGAGGACAAUCCCCACACGAGAUGUUUAGCUGGUUACCUGUUCAAAUUAUGUUCCAAUUUUAAUUUCAUACAUUGUUUUAUAUCGGUUUGUAAGCAAUAAUUAAAUAUUAGAAGGGUAACCAGAUAAUGAAGAGUCAGGGAAAAUUGAAGCUGGUCAUUAGUGCCUUUAAUGUCAAAGUGUACCUCAAAUCAAUGAGGAAAUACAUUUUUAGACAGAAGAACAAAAGUGUAGUCUAACUGCUGUCCUAUAUUUUGAAACUGGUUUGAGGUUCAUGGAUUUUUUUAUUUUUUUGCUAAAGCUGAAAUGACCCUAAUAAAAGUUAAAGGUUGGUUAUACAACACAGAACUGUUUGCUGGUUUACAAAGGAUAACAGUGUGCAAUAUGGGUAAUGAUAGAUUUGUUCCUGAUGGUGUAAGAUCCUGCCAUUAGAAUGGGGAUUUGUCAGUGUCUGUCCUUUGAGCCUUUUGGACAGGUAAUGUCGAGAUGUUACUGAUUUCUUGUCAUGUGCCAGUACAACUCCAUGUAUUUCUUCCAGUAGUUUUGCUAUUUCUUCCCCCCUUGGUUCUACUCGGUCAGCCAUUGAAUGUUUUUGUUAAUUAACAGUGGACCUUUUUAUAUAUUCUACAAAAUAAUCAGGUUUUUGUGGGAGUCACUGAUAUUAAUUUUUUGUUUUCCUGAAUUGGUUGGUGACAGAGCUGCCAAUUUCAUAAUAUUUGUAAAUAUGUCAUGUGGUGAUUAGAAUAGUCACUGAAAACAAUAAAGCAAACUCUCUACCACAAAGACUUGUCUUAAAAACAUGAUUUUUGCAGAUGUAGCGCCCCCUAAUGUCUGACCUGAACAAAAACUGUGGUCAAAUACCAAGUCAUUUAAAGAAUGAAUUAACUGCAUUUGAUGCUAUGAUAAUACAAAUACAUGUCAAAUUUAAACAU